AUGGCUGCCUGGCUGGCGCGAAAACUCACGACACCACGCCGCGCCACUCCGUUCCCCUCACAACUCCCGCGCCAAACUUCCUACCACGCGCAACGAGAGCUACAAGGGCAACGCUCCAUUAAUCCCUUCUGUGACAUCACCCCCACCGCCCACUGGUACCACAGCCCCAUUAACCCCUUCUGUGCCACACACAUCCCACUGCUGGCUGGUGGCACCACUCCAUUAACCCCUUCCACGCCACCACCCCCGUCAACCCCUUCCACGCCACCACCCCUGCCGCCUGCCGGGUCCUCCGCCACGUCAACCCCUUCCACGCCACCCCCCCCGCCCACCCCUUCCACGCCACCACCCCGCCGCCUGCCGGUCCUCCGCCCCGUCAACCCCUUCCACGUCACCACCCCCGUCAACCCCUUCCACGCCACCACCCCCGCCGCCUGCCGGGUCCUCCGCCACGUCAACCCCUUCCACGCCACCACCCCCGCCAACCCCUUCCACGCCACCACCCCCGCCACCUGCCGGGUCCUCCGCCCCGUCAACCCCUUCCACGCCGCCACCCCCGUCAACCCCUUCCACGCCACCACCCCCGCCGCCUGCCGGUCCUCCGCCCCGUCAACCCCUUCCACGUCACCACCCCCGUCAACCCCUUCCACACCACCACCCCCGCCGCCUGCCGGGUCCUCCGCCCCGUCAACCACUUCCACGCCACCACCCCCAUCAACCCCUUCCACGCCACCACCCCCGCCGCCUGCCGGGUCCUCCGCCCCGUCAACCCCUUCCACGCCACCACCCCCGCCAACCCCUUCCACGCCACCACCCCCGCCGCCUGCCGGGUCCUCCGCCCCGUCAACCCCUUCCACGCCGCCACCUCCGUCAACCCCUUCCACGCCACCACCCCCGCCACCUGCCGGGUCCUCCGCCCCGUCAACCCCUUCCACGCCGCCACCCCCGUCAACCCCUUCCACGCCACCACCCCCGCCGCCUGCCGGGUCCUCCGCCCCGUCAACCCCUUCCUCGCCACUACCCCCUCCGCCUGCCGGGUCCUCCGCCCCGUCAACCCCUUCCACGCCACCACCCCCCGCCGCCUGCCGGGUCCUCCGCCACGUCAACCCCUUCCAUGCCACCACCCCCGCCAACCCCUUCCACGCCACCACCCCCGCCGCCUGCCGGGUCCUCCGCCCCGUCAACCCCUUCCACGCCACCACCCCCGUCAACCCCUUCCACGCCACCACCCCCCACCGUCUGCCGGGUCCUCCGCCCCGUCAACCCCUUCCACGCCACCACCCCCGUCAACCCCUUCCACGCCACCACCCCCGCCGUCUGCCGGGUCCUCCGCCACGUCAACCCCUUCCACGCCACCACCCCCGCCAACCCCUUCCACGCCACCACCCCCGCCGCCUGCCGGUCCUCCGCCCCGUCAACCCCUUCCACGCCACCACCCCCGUCAACCCCUUCCAUGCCACCACCCCCGCCGCCUGCCGGGUCCUCCACCCCGUCAACCCCUUCCACGUCACCACCCCCGUCAACCCCUUCCACGCCACCACCCCCGCCGCCUGCCGGGUCCUCCGCCACGUCAACCCCUUCCACGCCACCACCCCCGCCAACCCCUUCCACGCCACCACCCCCGCCGCCUGCCAGCCACCACCCCGCCGCCUGCCGGUCCUCCGCCCCGUCAACCCCUUCCACGUCACCACCCCCGUCAACCCCUUCCACGCCACCACCCCCGCCGCCUGCCGGGUCCUCCGCCCCGUCAACCCCUUCCACGCCACCACCCCCGCCGCCUGCCGGGUCCUCCGCCCCGUCAACCCCUUCCACGCCACCACCCCCACCGCCUGCUUGGUUCUCUGCCCCAUCAACCCCUUCCACGCCACCCCGCCCACCGCCUGCCUGGUCCUCCGCCCCGUCAACUCCUUCCACGCCACGACCCCUACCACCUGCCUGGUCCUCCGCCCCAUCAACUCCUUCCACGCCACCACUCCUACCGCCUGCCUGGUCCUCCGCCCCGUCAACUCCUUCCACGCCACCUCGCCCACCGUGUGCCGGGUCCUUCGCCCCAUCAACUCCUUCCACACCACCACCCCUGCCGCCUGCCUGGUCCUCCGCCACGUCAACCCCUUCCACGCUGUCACCCCCACCACCUGCCUGGUCCUCUGCCCCAUCAACCCCUUCCACACCAUCACACGUCCCACCUGUCGGGUCCUCCGCCCCGUCAACCUCUUCCACAGCAUCACACCCCCCACCUGCCGGGUCCUCUGCCCCAUCAACCCCUUCCACGCCGCCACCCCCACCGUCUGCCGGGUCCUCCGCCCUGUCAACCUUUCCAUGCCGCCACCCCCAUCGAAAUGGAAAUGGGGACAGAAAAGCAGAAAGAUGAAUGAAAGCAGUGAAGCAAUUGCAGAGCUUGAGCUGUUCAGACGGCAGGCAGCAGAAGAAGAGAGAAACUAUGAGCACCAGCUGAGACUGAAAGAACUGGAGGUAAAGAAGAAGGAAGUAGAAGCCAAAGCCCAGAAGCAAGCCAGAGGCUGCGGAGAUAGCACACCAGAGGAGUAUGGAACUGAAACAACAAGAAACUGA